GUUUGCGGGGACGUUGACGCCUGCGUCGUAGAGAGCUGUGUGUAGUGUGUUGGGACAGGACGCCAUCAUGAGCAUACUUGCAAAAAUAGCAGAGAUUGAAAAUGAGAUGGCCAGGACGCAGCGGAACAAGGCCACCGCUCACCACUUGGGUCUGCUCAAAGCACGUCUGGCCAAACUGAGGCGGGAGCUCAUCACGCCAAAGGGAGGCAGCGGUGGUGGCACUGGAGAAGGUUUUGAUGUGGCGAAAACGGGUGACGCCCGUGUUGGCUUUGUCGGUUUUCCAUCGGUGGGCAAGUCGACACUGCUCAGCAACCUGGCAGGCGUGUACUCUGAGGUCGCCGCUUACGAGUUCACCACCCUCACCACGGUACCUGGAGUCAUUCGCUACAAAGGGGCAAAAAUUCAGCUUCUGGAUCUCCCCGGAAUCAUUGAGGGGGCCAAAGAUGGCAAAGGCAGAGGCAGACAAGUUAUUGCAGUUGCUCGAACCUGCAACCUCAUCCUGAUCGUGCUGGAUGUUCUGAAGCCUCUGGUGCACAAGAAGCUAAUAGAACAUGAGCUAGAGGGCUUCGGAAUUCGACUGAACAAGCAGCCGCCCAACAUUGGCUUCAAGAAGAAGGACAAAGGCGGCAUCAACUUCACAGCCACUUGUGCACAAAGCGAGCUGGAUGCUGACACAGUGAAGACGAUCUUGUCAGAGUACAAGAUCCACAAUGCUGACAUCACCCUCCGCAGCGACGCCACAGCUGACGACCUCAUCGAUGUGGUUGAGGGGAAUCGGGUCUACAUUCCGUGCAUUUACGUGCUCAACAAAAUCGACCAGAUCUCCAUCGAGGAGCUGGACGUCAUCUAUAAGGUCCCGCACUGUGUGCCCAUCUCGGCCCACCAUCGCUGGAACUUUGAUGACCUGCUGGAGAAGAUGUGGGACUACCUAAAGCUUGUGCGCAUUUACACCAAACCCAAAGGCCAGCUUCCGGACUACACAUCUCCUGUGGUUCUUCCUGACCAGCAUACCGCAGUGGAGGACUUCUGUCUGAAGAUUCACAAAAAUCUCAUCAAAGAAUUCAAGUACGCGCUCGUGUGGGGAUCGUCUGUAAAACACAACCCUCAAAAGGUGGGCAAGGACCAUGUGAUGGAGGACGAGGACGUUAUCCAGUUGGUGAAAAAGUAAAGAAUUCCACAAAGAAAAAUCCUAUUGCAUGGUAUCACAAAGGCAGUCAAUCACAUCAUUCUUGUCUUGUGCUUCUCAGUAUUUCUCUUAAAUUAAAAUGACAUGAAUGUGCAUGUCACAGAACCCGUCAACAGCAGGAUUAGUUCAUAUUGAAUAUUGGUUAAGGCUUGCAUUGACAUGAAAAAAAAAUAGCAAUAAAAACAUAUGAGUCUCAAACCUUUGCAAAAAUGGC